GCGAAACUGUCCACUCUACAUUCUUCGCGUUUCAUUAUUUUAUGGUGCAAUCGAGUUACGAAACGUCAAACGUAAAAUGGUGAUUUCGAUAACGCUGUCAUUUAAAAACAUUGAUUACAACUAUACAUUGUACACAUAGAAAUUACAUAUAUAAAUGUCCAACAAAGAUGAAAAUACAUUUUGUAAGAAAAUGCGUAAAGCUACGAGAGAAAUUCAUACGGUCAGUGACGCUUUAGUGAAUGCAAAAUUAGCAUUUGGAUUUCUCAAUGAUUCUGUGUGGGCAGAUGGUCUUUUAGUAUUUUAUGAAAUCUUCAGAUAUUUAGAAGGUGCUAUGAUCAGAUUGAAAACUACUAAAAUAGGAUUAUUUCCAGUUGACAAACUUUCUCGUGUAAAAGCCUUCGAACGUGACCUAGACUUUUAUUUAGGAAAGGAUUGGAUGAAAAACUACAGCCCUAGGGACAGUGUUGUUAAAUAUUUGAUGCAUUUAAGGGAAAUAGAAGAUACCGAUCCUACAUUACUGAUAGCAUACAUUUACCACCUGUAUAUGGGUCUUCUUAGCGGAGGAAUUAUUCUACGUAAAAAGCGGCAACUCACGCAAAAAGUGUUACCGUUUAAAAAUAUUCGCGCGGUCGGUAAUAACAUUACAGAUUUUCAAUGUAAUAUCUUUGAACUUAAGCAAAAUAUGCGCGACACGAUGAACAAGAUUGCAGACAUGUUGGACGAGGACACGAAAAAUAAACUUAUCGAAGAGAGUAAAGUGGUUUUUGCAUUAAAUAAUGAAAUUAUCAGAAGCGUGCAGGGUGUAGGUGCUGUUAUAUUUAAAAAAGCAUUGUACUUUAUUCUUAUUAUCACGUUCAUUCUUUUAAUCGUUCUCAUUUUCUUCAAGUAAUAAAAAAUGUUUACUCGUCACUUUCCCAGCACAUUCUAUCGUAAUACAUAUCUUUGACAAUGUUUCUCUCUCAUGUGAGAAGUAAAUUUGUGUUUUCAAAUAAAUACUUCGAUCGUUAAA